AAACUCAUCAUAUAAUCUAUGUUUCCUCUAAUGAUAAGGACUCUCGUACAAGCAAAUUUUUAUAUGAUUUAUCUCUUAUCAUAAGAAACGUAUAAGAUUAUUUUAGGUGAAGUUGAAGGAAUUUUUAUAAGAAUGAAGCCAUGCAUGACGGCUCUAAGACAAGUGAUUCAACCAUUGUUGAACUUCCACGGAAACAUGGUUGAUGUUCCGUUUUUCCGGCGAAAAGACAAGGUUGUUUUCGUUAUGGGCGCCACCGGAACCGGCAAAUCUCGUCUAGCCAUUGACCUAGCCACUCGUUUCCCGGCGGAGAUCGUAAACUCCGACAAGAUUCAAGUCUAUAAUGGUCUAGACAUCGUGACAAACAAAGUCACUCCUGAGGAAAGCCUUGGCAUCCCUCACCACCUCCUCGGCACCGUCCACGACACUUACGAAAAUUUCACGGCGGAGGAUUUUCAACGGGAAGCGAUCAGGGCCGUUGAGUCAAUUGUCCAGAGGGGCCGUGUCCCGAUCAUAGCUGGUGGUUCCAAUUCUUACAUCGAGGCUCUGGUCAACGAUUGCGUUGACUUCCGGUUAAGGUAUAAUUGUUGCUUCCUGUGGGUCGACGUCUCUAGACCGGUUUUACACUCUUUUGUCUCGGAGCGAGUCGAUAAGAUGGUUGAGAUGGGUCUCGUCGACGAGGUUCGCCGCAUCUUCGAUCCGUCUUCAUCGGAUUACUCCGCUGGAAUCCGACGUGCCAUCGGAGUUCCAGAGCUCGACGAAUUUCUCCGGGCGGAGUUACGGAAUUAUCCGGCGGAGACGACGGAGAGACUUCUUGAAACGGCGAUCGAGAAAAUUAAAGAGAACACUUGUUUGCUUGCGUGUCGACAAUUGCAGAAGAUUCAGAGGCUUUACAAGCAGUGGAAAUGGAACAUGCACCGUGUCGACGCUACGGAGGUUUUUCUCCGACGAGGAGAAGAAGCCGAUGAGGCUUGGGAUAACUCAGUGGCUCAUCCGAGCGCACUCGCCGUCGAAAGGUUCCUUAAUUACAACGAUGACCACCAUUUAGACGGUGCCGAUAUUCUCCUACCUGAGAUCUCUGCCGUUCCACCUCUUCCAGCCGCCGUGGCGGCGAUUUCCCGGUGAGGUUAAACAAAAAGGAACAAAUCAA